AUGGUUGCUCCUACUUCAACAGCCAACACUCCAUUGAACUCUACGCCUGAAAUUCUUCUGCGUAAGAGAAGACAUGCUGACAGGAUUAGAAUCGAGAAGCAGCAGCUUGCGAAGAAGAGACAGGAAGAGGCUGCCAAAUUGAGACAGAAGAACAAGAAGAAGUUCACCAGAGCUGAAAGUAUUGUUGCGAAAACGCUGGCUACUGAGAGAGAGAAGGAGAGAAUCAAGAGAAUCUCCAAAUUGGAGGCAAAGAAGAGUAAAAAUGAGAUGGACCAUUUGCCCUCUACCAAGGAUUUUAUCUUGAAGAUCAGUGAGAAGGUCGACGCGGACGAGACGCCUGUAGAUAAUACUGGUAUUAUUGGUGAUGCCGAUGACGAGGAGGAGGACGAUCUGAUCAGAGAAAAGAUUACCUACAACGGGGAGCCAACUCUUUUUUUCGUUAUCAGAGUGCGGGGGCCCACCGCUGUAAACAUUCCUCACAAGGCUUUCAAAAUUCUGAGUUUGCUAAGGUUGCAAGAAUUGAACACGGGUGUUUUCGUCAAAAUGACCAAGACUGUCUACCCUCUACUGAAGUUGAUUGCCCCAUACAUUGUUGUUGGGAAGCCAUCGUUAUCCUCCAUCCGUUCGCUAAUACAGAAGAGAAGUAAAAUUGUGUACAAGAGACCAGAGGACACGCAGGAGGCCGAGAUUGUCUUGAACGACAACAAUAUCGUCGAGGAGAAACUGGGCGACUGUGGGAUUAUCUGUAUAGAAGACAUGAUCCACGAAAUAAAUUCCAUGGGGGAGAACUUCCAACCGGUCAACUUCUUCCUACAGCCUUUCAAGUUGAAUAGAGAAGUUGCCGGGUUCAGCUCUUUGAACAAAUUGAACAAAAUUAAAGCCAAGGAACAGGAUAAGAAGAUGCGUCAAUUGUCAAACUCUGCCGUCGCCCCAAUUAUCCAAUUAGAUAUCGAUAGUUUGAUUGCGAAAUUGAACUAG